UCGAGCAGGAAGGGAAAAAAAAGAAAAGGAAGAAACCCAACAGUGCAUGUGCUUGCCGUGACCUAUGUUCCUUCAGCGUUAAAAAAAAUCUGUUAAGACAAAGAAUGCACAAAAUCAAUCGAUUGGGAUAUGGAGAGAUUUCCCAAUUCCCAUGUUCCUCCGGUAUUUCUUCAACCUUUCUCUCACGAGCCUCAGCGCGGCCAUUGUUUGAAGCUCACUGCACAAAAGCAUUUGUUUUCUGAGUUUUUUGCGAGCAAGGCUGGGACCCGCUCCUCCUCCCCAUCCUCAGUUGUAAGAAAGGGCCGCUGUCUUUUGACAGCAUCUAUGGAUUCGGGAAAUGGAGAGGGAGAGAGCCUUCUUUUUCUCACUUUUUUGAAACAAUAAAGCUCGCCUUCUUUUUCCGGACCUCUCUCACGUGCGACCUUUUCCAUCAUCUUCACUUAAACACCACUCUUCUUCUUCUUCAUCUUCAUCUUCCACUCUUCCUUGUGCUCGUCUGUGACAGAAGACUAAUGAAAGAUUGGAGUAACAGAGCCGUGAAACAAUAUGUCAUUCGAGAUGCUCUCUUCCUCCUUCAUUCUCUAUGACAGCAUCUCGGCCACACCAGAGUUUCAUCAACAACAGCCACCAAGUUUACUCUUUGAUAUGGCCGGCGGCUGCCUUAGCCCCGAGUCGUCGAUGCUCGGCAGCCUCCCGCCACCUGCAGCCCCGCAGCAGCCUCCACCUCCUCCCUGCGCCGGGGUGCAGGGGAAGCGAAAGCGGCGGCGCCGGCCGAGGAGCUGCAAGAACAAAGAAGAAGCCGAGACGCAGCGCAUGACCCACAUUGCCGUGGAGCGCAAUCGCCGGCGACAGAUGAACGAGCACCUCGCCAUGCUCCGCUCCCUAAUGCCGGAAUCCUACAUCCAAAGGGGAGACCAGGCCUCAAUUGUGGGAGGGGCCAUUGACUUUGUCAAGGAAUUGGAGCAUCUCCUCCAAUCCCUAGAGGCCCAAAAGAGGGCAAUUGAGCAAACUCAGAAGGCCAAUGUGUGCAUUAAUGAUUCUGGAAAUGGGUUAAAGAAGAGCAACGAAGAGACAGAGCAACCUCCGUUUGCUCAGUUCUUCUCCUAUCCACAGUAUAACUGGUGCCAUCCUCGCCAUGAGUACCCAUCGCCGGCGCCGGAGAUCCGGUCGCCGGCGGGGGGCGCCACCGCGGUGGCCCAGCACGCGAGCCUUCGAAUCCUGUCGCCCAAAAGACCGCGGCAACUGAUACAAUUGGUGGCAGGCCUCCAUGCGGUCAGGCUUUCCAUUCUUCAUCUCAAUGUCACUACAUUGGACUCCAUUGUUCUUUACUCCCUCAGUGUCAAGGUUGAUGAAGGAUGCAGCCUAACCACGGUAGAUGAAAUUGCGGCCGCGGUGCACCACAUGCUAUCCCUUAUUGAAGCUGACAAAGUCUCAGCCAUCCACCAAGUACUACAGGACGAGCUGGCAAGCAGUCCAGGACCGCCCCUCUCUUUCUAAUAAUCUACGAAAAUGCCACUUGUCAUGUCUGUACCCUUCUGCUCAAGCUCAAGUUAUAAUGGGGCCAUGUGUAAUAUAUUCUCUCUCUCUCUCUCUCUCUCUCUCAUUUCUUAAUCUAUGUACGCAAAUUUGCUUGAGUAGUGUUCCUUCGCCUAAUUGGGACCAAAUAAAUAUUUAUCCCUGAUAAAUUUUGGCAAUUUGUUGGGUAAAAAUGUAAAAUGUUUUUGCAUGAGAAAUCUUCACCAGAGUAAAUAAAAAAA